AGUUGUUAUGUUAUUUCCCAUUUACUUUAAUCCAGGCUUGAACUUAUUAAAAAAAAAAUUACAUAACCCCAAAAUUGAGGUUAAAUACGUCUUGUGAAGUGGGCUAAAGUUGUGAAAAUGGCCCAAAAACUGUCGCCUGAUAUGUUCAGGAGCGCCUUCAAGGCGAUCGACAAGGACGUGGUACGUUGGUUCCCGGGGCACAUGGGGCGCGGCCUUAAACAAAUGCAGCAUAAACUUCGCUCAAUCGACUGCAUUAUUGAAGUCCACGACGCAAGAAUCCCGAUUUCGGGCCGCAACACCGACUUCAAAUACACAAUAAGUGGCAUAAAACCCCACAUCCUAGUCUUAAACAAAGUCGACCUAAUCGACAAAAAAUUAAUCCCUUCGAUAAAAAAUCGUCUAAAAAAUGAGUUCGAAAACGUAGUUUUCACGAACUGUAAGGACCAGCAAUGUAAAGGCGUAAAAACACUCUUCCCUUUGGCUCAAAAUUUGAUCAAAAACUCUGAUAGGUUCAAUCGUAGUCAGGCUGAGGAUCAGUGCGUUAUGAUAAUAGGGGUUCCAAACGUGGGCAAAUCAUCGCUAAUCAAUGCCCUAAGGGUGCGGAAUUUGCACAAGGGGAAUGCCACCCACGUGGGUGCCACACCGGGGAUUACCCGAAGUGUUUUAACCAAAAUCAAAAUGAGUGAAGACCCGCUGUGUUACAUGCUUGACACACCAGGGAUUUUAACACCGAAAAUUGAGAGUGCUGAAGUGGGGCUGAAGCUGGCUUUGUGUGCUACAAUUCAGGACCAUCUAGUUGGGGAGGGUGUGAUUGCUGAUUACUUGCUUUUUUGGUUAAAUAAAAACGGACACUAUAAUUAUGUGAAGUUCUUCGGGCUUGAGAAAGCCACCGAUGAUAUUUUGGAAGUAUUAGCUCAGAUUAGUGUUAAGAAGAAAAAAAUGUUAAAAUUGAGGGACAAUACCAAUAAUUAUGUCUAUAAACCAGAUUUGGAUUAUGGGGCCAAAGUGAUGUUGCAGGCGUUCAGGAAGGGGGAUCUGGGCAAGAUUGUGCUAGACGAAGACUUGCUAUAACUUGUAGAUUAUUAUAAAUAAAUUUUUAUAGAAGAA